AUGCCCGGUAAGAUCCGUACGGCCGUGAGCGUCGAUCUCAACCGCCCCGCUGAGGAGCAGCCGAAUCUCCAUAACAGAUGGCACCCCGAUGUCCCGUCUUGCGCAUCCAUAAAUGAUGGCGAGACGGUCAAGAUUGAGUGCGUCGACUGGACGGGAGGUCAGAUCAAGAACAAUGACUCGGCGGACGACAUCCUCAACGUCGACCUGACAAAGAUCCAUUACCUCUCCGGUCCAUUCGAGAUCAAGGGAGCCGAGCCCGGCGAUGUUCUCGUCAUCGAGAUCCAGGACGUCCAACCCUUUGAGGACGAACCCUGGGGUUUCACCGGCAUCUUUCAAAAGGACAAUGGCGGUGGUUUCCUAGACGAGCACUAUCCCCAUGCCGCCAAGGCAAUCUGGGACUUUGAAGGCAUACACUGCACGUCCAGACACAUCCCGGGCGUCAAGUUCGCCGGCCUGAUCCACCCGGGUAUCCUGGGCUGCGCCCCCUCCGCCGAGGUCCUCCAGGAGUGGAACCGCCGCGAGGCAGAGCUCAUCAGCACCACGGAUCUCACCCGCAUCGUCGCCCAGCCACCCAACGCUCAGAAUGCGCACGCCGGGUCGGCGGACGAGACCCUCAAGGCCAAGAUUGCCGCCGAGGGCGCACGAACCAUCCCCGGACGUCCGGAGCACGGCGGAAACUGCGACAUCAAGAACCUCUCCAGGGGGAGCAAGGUCUACCUGCCUGUUCACGUGCCCGGUGCCAAGUUUAGCGUUGGAGAUUUACACUUUUCCCAGGGCGAUGGAGAAAUCUCCUUUUGCGGAGCCAUUGAGAUGGCCGGCGUCAUCACCAUCAACUUCAAGGUCCUCAAGGACGGCCAGAAGCACUUGGGCAUGACGGGCGGUCGCUCCCCAAUGUAUAUCCCCGGUCCUGUACAGCCUCAGUUUGGCCCCGGCAGGAUGCUAUACUUUGAGGGCUUCUCCGUCGAUGAAUCCGGAAAGCAGCAUUACAUGGACGCGACCGUGGCAUAUCGCCAGACCUGCCUCCGUGUGAUCGAGUAUCUCCGACGCUACGGCUACGACGACUACCAGAUCUACCUGCUGCUGAGCUGUGCUCCUGUCGAGGGCCACAUUGCCGGCAUCGUCGAUAUCCCCAACGCCUGUACGACAAUGGGUCUCCCCCUCGACAUUUUCGACUUUGACAUCCGGCCGGAAGCCAAGGUUGAGAAGCUUCAGAUUGCGCCGCCACCCAUUUCCAAGAAGGAAGGCUAG